UUUUUUUUUUCGUUUUGUGUUUAAACUAUAUAGAUCAUGGUCAUGAUUAUGCGCUCAUGGGAUUGACCAAACAAGUGGAGCAUGGCAAUCAAGACUCUUCAGAUCUAUUGCUGAAAUUAGGAUGUCAUGUUGGUUUAUCUUUGUUAUAUAAAACAUGACAUCAUGUUGAGAUGAAGUCAACCCUUAGUGUGAAAUGCUGCUUAGAUUGGAUUCAAUAGGUCUCUUCCAAGAUAACACAAACCAAAGAUUGCAUCUUUUCAGCAGACACGCUUUAACCAAUCGAGGACAAUGCAAUAUGACAUCUAAAGCAUUUAAAGUCAGAACAUAAAUACUCCUAUUCUCCUUAUUCCUCAAGAUCAUCUUGUUCAUUCGUAAUGAAAGUCUUAAUUCUCGGUGCAGGUUAUGGCACUCGUCUUCAACGCGACUUGUCUAGUUCAGAAGAAUACAAACAUUUACUCGGUGUUCCAAAGGCUCUGUUGCCCCUAGGCAACCGAGAUGCUCUCAUCACCCACUGGAUCGAACUCUUCGAGAAGCAUGGCAUCUCUGCUCAAGACAGUAUUUAUAUUGUAACCAAUGGACAAUGUUAUGAUGCCUUCAAGACCUGGGCUUUAGCACAUCAUGUCCCAUUGGAUCAUAUUGUAAGUGAUGGCACCGAGACCAAUGAAACCCGUCUAGGUGCUGUACCUGAUAUCCUGUUUGGUAUCCAUCACUUUGGCCUUCAAAAUGACCAUGUACUUGUGGUAGGUGGUGAUACGCUCUUUUUGCAUGAUUUCGAUUUAAGACAGUUCUUGCAUGCAUUUGAAGCCAGAGAAGCCAGUUGUCUUGUUACUACUUAUCAAGUGACAGAUGAAGAUGUGCACAAAUUUGGUAUAGUAGAGACAGACGCUCAGGGAGACAUUAUCAGUUUCUUGGAAAAGCCAGCACCCACGGUUACUUCCGUCAGAUCUGCAUGCCCUUGCUUCUAUCUGUUUCAUAAACAAGCGAUUCCUCUCAUUGAAGCCUUUAUUGAAGAAUGUAAAGCAACCAAUGCACCUAAAGAAGCUUAUGAUGCUACAGGCAAAUGUCUUGCUUAUCUUUAUCCUCGCUUUAGAGUCUCUACAUUUCCUAUUUCAGGAAGAAUUGAUGUAGGUGGAUUACAAUCUUAUAUAGAUGCCAAUGCUUAUUUUCAAUAAAAAAAAACACACAUAC